AUGGAUUCUCUUUCUCCGGCCUCCGAUGGACCAAAUUGGUCCAAGCUCCCUUUCGAUCUCUUGCUCUUGGUUUUUGAACGUCUUGGUUUUGCAGAUUUUCAACGAGCUAAAUGUGUUUGUUCAUCUUGGAAUUCUGCAUCCAGACAAUCAGCGCUACACAAUCAGAUCCCAUGGAUGAUUCUCUUUCCGGAAAAAGGUAAAGAUUAUUGUCUCUUGUUUAAUUCCAAAGACAAGACGUAUCGAAUUCAAGAUCUUGGUGUCAACUUUGCAAAUGGCCAUUGUUUGGCGACUUGUGGAAGUUGGUUCUUUAUGCGGGAUCCUCGAUGUAAUCUUUAUAUUAUGAAUAUAUUCACCCGCGAGAGGAUCGAUCUGCCCUCUGUGGAGUCACAACUUAGCGUGGUUAAGAUCGAACGAAACAUGGAUGAUACAUUCCUGUUCACUGACCAAUUCGGUUUCGUAUAUCAUGAAACAGACAUCAAGAUUAACUCGUCUUCCUUCUGGAUAGACGAGAACACCAAAGAUUAUGUUGUUACAUGGUUAAUCUCAACCCGAGUUAUUGUUAUGGCAAAAAAUGGAGAUAAUUUUUGGAAACAAGCUACUACGUUUGACACUGUGUAUGACAUGGUAUACAAAGAUCAUAAGCUUUACUUGUAUAAUUUCUCUCGUGAUGUCAAAGUCUUGGAUCUUUCUGGAGAUAUUCCGCAUCAAAUCUUUGAGACUCAAGUUAACUAUGAUAUAUUUAUCAGCAAGGGAAUGCCACUUCGUGUUUACCCAGAGCUUGGUGAUGUGUGGAAUAUCAUGAAAGACCAUCUUGUAGUCACCCUGACUGGAGAAAUCCUGAGAGUUAAAAGCAAAGUAAGCACUGAUUCUUACUUUUGGUCCUUCCGCGUCUACAAGCUGGAUUCAUCAAAUAGCAAGUGGAAGAAAUUAAACCUUUAUCAAAAAAAGAAGAAGAAAAACAAAAAGUGGGAGAAACUUAAUUCUUUAGGAGACGAGGCAAUACUUCUGGAUCAAGGCAUUACCGUGCUAGCCAAUUCCAUCGAAGGAGUCAAUCGAAACUCAAUAUAUUUUAGUGGUUUUCAUCAUGAAUAUCGUGUUUGGAGUGAAAAAGAUAUCUUCAACUUCAGUUUCGACACACACAAGAUUGAAAGACCACAUCCAAGUAUUCUUUCGUCCAUUCACUCAUCAUCUGUUGCUCGAUGGUUUGUGCCAAAUUUCAAAUUGAGAUGA